AUGGCUCUGCUCUGGCUGCUGGGCUGCCUGGCGCUGGCGGGCGCUGCCCGCGCCGGCGACCCCCUGAACGCGGCGGGCUGCGGCGUGCCGGCCAUCCCGCCCGUCAUCCGCGGCUACACCCGCAUCGUCAACGGGGAGCCGGCGGUGCCCGGCUCCUGGCCCUGGCAGGUCUCCCUGCAGCGCAACGGCCGCCACUUCUGCGGCGGGUCGCUGAUCAGCGCGGACUGGGUGGUCACCGCGGCCCACUGCAGCGUCAGGGCCACCGACACUGUGGUGCUGGGCGAGUACGACCAGGCCUCGCCCUCCGCCGACGUGCAGUCCAUCGGCAUCGCGAAGGUCUUCAAGAACCCCAAGUUCAACAUGCUGACGGUCCGCAACGACGUGGCGCUGCUCAAGCUGGCGGCGCCGGCGCAGCUCACGGCCCGCGUGGCGCCCGUGUGCCUGCCCGCCGCCUCCGACGUCUUCCCCGGCGGCCUGGUGUGCGUCACCACGGGCUGGGGCCUCACCGACCCGGAGGCCGAGCAGACGCCGGCGCUGCUGCAGCAGGCGGCCCUGCCGCUGCUCACCAACGCGCAGUGCAAGCAGUACUGGGGGUACCGCAUCGCCGACGUGAUGGUGUGCGCGGGCGCCGACGGCGCCUCCUCCUGCAUGGGCGACUCCGGGGGCCCGCUGGUGUGCCAGAAGGACGGCGCCUGGACCCUGGUGGGCAUCGUGUCGUGGGGCAGCAGCAACUGCUCCCCGUCGGUGCCCGCCGUCUACGCCCGUGUCACCGAGCUGCGCGCCUGGAUCGACUCCAUCGUGGCGGCCAACUGAGGCCGCCAAUAAAGCGCUGCC